AUGCGUCAGGCGACCAAUGGCCUGCAGAAACCUAACGACGCUCUUGAGAGUGCACUGGCAACACACAGGAAUCGGCAACUGAGAGUGGUGGAGACCAAGACACCAGCAAUACAGAAGGCCACGUUUGAGUGGGACGCACCUCCACAGCGGUACAGGGCCCGCUUGCGCGGCAUCAUCUCGCUGGACAUGAGUGUUGCCAUUCACUGGAUGCCCUUGGUUGCGUCGACGGAGCAGAGUGUUAGUGACAUUGGCAAGGUGCUGCUCAUGGCGGGACAGAGCGACUGCUUUCAAAGAACGCACUGCCCCGAGAUGCCGCUGCACUAUCGCACUGCCAAUGGCGGUCCUGAUGUCAGCGAUCACCGCGCACGGCGUAUCCGUCGAUCCUCUUCGCACGUGCCCAUCGUUCAAGCCAUCUACCGCGCCAUCCGAACCGCCAUCCGUGACGGCCCGUACAGCACCGAUGACUUGUCCAGGGCUUGCCUCUUCGUCCCAUGCACAGACAUAUCGUGCUGGUGUGCAGAUUGCAUGCACGGCACGUACUCUGGCAACAUUGAGUCGAUGCAUCCCGUGAGCGCAGCCAUCGAACGCCAUCUCUCCAGCUGA